GCUGAAAAGAAAAACGAAAUUAAAAAAAAAGGAAAAAAAAAAGUCCUCUCUUUCUAUCUUUCUCUCUCCUCCGCUUUCUGUUGUACAGCUGCGAGUUGUCUGUGGCUCUGGUUUUGUGUUUCGCCUUCUCCUCUUCCCGGGAAUCGAUACCAAUCUGAAAAAUCGAGGAGGAGGAGGACGAAGAACAGAGCGUUUUACGGCAGCGAGAGGGAGGGGAUUUUGCUACAUUCUGGUCACCGGCGAACUUCCACCGUCGAGGAGGAAGGGGAAAAGGGCGAUUCGAGGAGUGAAGAUGUUGUGGAUUAUGAGAUUCUCCGGAUUCUUCUCUGCCGCUAUGUUGAUGGUUAUUCUCUCUCCAUCUCUUCAAUCAUUUCCUCCGGCGGAAGCCAUUCGAUCCUCUCAUCUUGACUUUCAUCUCCGGCAGUCGGUUCCACUUUCGCUCUCCGAUUCGCACACUCGGUUUCUGUUCCGUAGGUCGCCGUCGUAUCGCAAUGCGGAGCAAUGCAGUUCGAGCGACUCGAAGUUUUCUGGUAGACUUGGUGUUUGCGAUCCGAGUUUGGUUCAUGUUGCGAUUACGCUUGAUGUUGAGUAUCUCCGCGGCUCAAUCGCCGCUGUGAAUUCGAUUCUGCAGCAUUCGCUUUGCCCGGAGAGCGUGUUCUUCCAUUUCCUUGUUUCUGAGACUAAUCUGGAAGCUGUUGUUAGAUCCGCUUUCCCUCAGUUGAAAUUUAAGGUCUAUUAUUUCAAUCCAGCGAUUGUUCAGAAUCUGAUUUCGACGUCGGUGAGGCAAGCGCUUGAGCAGCCGCUUAAUUACGCGAGAAACUACUUGGCAGAGCUUUUGGAGCCCUGUGUUCGGAGAGUGAUUUAUUUGGACUCCGAUCUCGUCGUUGUUGACGAUAUCUCGAAGCUUUGGAGAACUAAUUUAGGUUUCAGAACCAUCGGAGCUCCGGAAUACUGUCACGCAAACUUCUCGAAGUACUUCACCUCUCGGUUUUGGUUGGAUAAGCGGUUUUCCGGCACGUUUCUUGGCCGAAAACCUUGUUACUUCAACACCGGCGUGAUGGUUAUAGAUCUGGUUAAGUGGCGGCGGGCCAGCUACACGAAGAGGAUAGAACGAUGGAUGGAGAUUCAGAAAAACGAUCGGAUCUACGAACUCGGAUCUCUCCCACCGUUUCUUUUGGUCUUCGCCGGUGAUGUAGCGCCUAUUGAACACCGGUGGAACCAGCACGGCCUCGGCGGCGACAAUGUGAAAGGAAGUUGCAGGAAUCUCCACGCCGGUCCAGUGAGCCUUCUUCACUGGUCUGGUAGUGGAAAGCCAUGGAUGAGACUGGACUCAAAGAAUCCCUGCCCUCUUGAUUCACUCUGGGCUCCAUAUGACUUGUACGGCCACUCCCACUGAACCACCACCGACCACCUUCAGCCGUCGUCGGUAAGUGCUCAAAAGACUAAAAAUCCCUCCCUGAUCAUUCCCCUUCUUCAACCUCUUCCCCAAGGAGGACUGUUUUGUCUCCUAAUUUAGUCCUCCAAAAUUCCCCCAUUCUUUUCCUUCUCCAUUAAUUCAUAUUUUCUUCUCCCUUUUUCUUUACAGAUUUUCAUUUAAUUCUCUCUUCCUUUUUUGUUCCAUCAUCGUCUUCCUUCAUACCAUUUGUAUUCUACUCUACCCCAUGAUUAUUAUUCCUUGUUCUGAAAAUAAGAAAUAGAAGGAUAGCCACAAAAAAGAAAAAAAAAAAAAAAUUGUUGUAUAGACUCCCAUGGGUUUGUCUUUUCUUUCUAUCUAUAGAUGGUAUGUUUCUUCAUGUUUGAUAUCUGUAUUGAUUUUGGAUUUAAUGCCAUUUUAGCUUCUUUCUUUCA